AAAGAUACUGGCGGGGCCAAAUCCUGCCCCCGUGCCUCCAACAUACAGGCACACACAUACACACACGGAGGGGGGUUAUUAUAAUGAGGAGACUCUCCGCUCAGUAGGAGCAGGAGCCAUUUUUGUCAUUCAUGCGUAGUUGCGCGGACAGAGCGGAGGUGCUGCUGCGGCUGUAGUGUCUGUUUCCACCGGCGUGCGUCUGUGUGUGUUCGUGUGAAAGUGCGCGAGCUCCGGCCAAGGUUUCUGCCUGUUCCUCUGUGAGAACCAGCCGGAGAGAAGUGCGUCCACUGAGAGCAUGGCUCCUCUGCAACAAAGGGAAAGUCACGGGCUGAAAGUUUGAAGUCAGGAGCCGUGGAAGAGCUCUCCACUCCGGGACCCGGCGGAUCACACACUGAGGAGAUAUGCACUUCAUAACAAGGGAUUUGUUUUUCAUUUUCUGCUGGUGCAAAGUGCUUUGGUCGGCGCACAGCUUCAGCCUCCACAUCAGUGAGGAUGCGGGACCAGGGACCGUGCUGGCCGGCGUGGAGCAGGGCGCACGGUGCGCUUUGGAUCAGGUUCUCGCGCCGACGUUUUCGCAGCAGUUUCUGGAGACGGACGCGGCUGCGGGCAUUGUGUUUCUCUCAGAGCGGAUCAAGUGCGCCUCGUUGCGCUCGAACCCUUUCACCGUGUACACGGUGUCGGACUGUAGGGACUCCGGCUUCAGACACCUUCUCAUCAGCCAGUACGAGGUUCACGUACACGGUAGGGACUGUUUAAACAAACCUAAAAGAAAAGCUGCGUGGGACAUGGACGUCCUCAGUUUACUCGGUCCCCGCUCAGAGUGCCACCAGGCCGGCUCUGCUCUGGUGCCUGUGGCCGGUCUGGUUCCUGGAUCACCGGUUCACUGCAGGGUGACUCACAGUCGGGACUUUUACUACUCAGAGGGGACCCUGUUUUUGUCUGAGACUCUGUGCUGGAGACAGGACACCAUGGUGGAGUUAGACCUGGUUUGUGACACAGUCACAGAACAUGGGCCGAACAGAAAAGUCCACUCCAUCAUCAUCCACUGGCGUGUGGGGCGGGGGCCCUUCCAGCCCACUCACCUGAAGAAACUGUUGGAGAAAGCGUCUCAGUCCGAUUCAGGCAUAGUGAGCAGGAGAAGGAGAAGCAUCAACAACAGCCCCCAGUUCCAGCCUCCCAUGUACCAGGUGUCAGUGGCAGAGAACAAACCUGCUGGGACUCCUGUUGUCCUCCUGAAAGCAGUGGAUGUGGACGAGGGGGAGGCAGGGAGGCUGGAGUAUUUCCUGGAGGCUCUGUUUGACAGUCGCUCCAACAACCUUUUUGCCGUAGACCCCGCCACAGGUGCAGUGACCACGGUGGAGAUUCUGGAUCGGGAGACCAAAGACACGCACGUGUUCCGUGUGACGGCGGUCGACCACGGCACCCCCAGGCGUACGGCCAUGGCCACCCUCACUGUCACGGUGAGAGACACCAACGACCACGACCCUGUGUUUGAGCAGGAGGACUACAAGGAAAGUAUCAGAGAGAAUUUAGAAGUAGGUUAUGAAGUGUUGACCGUCAGGGCCACAGAUGGAGACGCUCCUGUCAACGGGAACAUCCUUUACCACAUCCUCAACAGUAACGGCUCCAACGAUGUGUUUGAGAUCGAUUCAAGGUCGGGCGUAAUCCGCACCAAAGGCCUGGUCGACAGAGAGGAGGUAGAAGCUUACAUGCUGUUGGUUGAAGCAAACGAUCAGGGUCGUGACCCCGAGCCGCGCAGCGCCACAGCUACUGUUCACAUAGUGGUAGAGGAUGAUAACGAUAACGCGCCCCAGUUUAGUGAAAAACGUUACAUUGUCCAGGUGCCCGAGGACAUGGCGCCGAACACGGAGAUCCUGCAGAUCACGGCCACAGACGAGGACAGAGGAAGUAACGCCGUGGUUCACUUCAGCAUCAUGAGUGGAAACACCAGGGGGCAGUUUUACAUCGACGCUCAGACCGGUCAAAUGGACCUGGUCAGUCAGCUGGACUAUGAGGCAAACAAAGAAUACACUCUCAGAAUCAGAGCUCAGGACGGAGGACGACCCCCGCUGUCCAACAUCAGUGGCCUGGUGACGGUGCAGGUGUUGGACGUCAAUGACAACGCCCCCAUUUUUGUCAGCACGCCGUUCCAGGCCACGGUCCUGGAGAACGUGCCCCUUGGAUACUCCAUCAUCCACAUCCAGGCGGUGGACGCUGACUCUGGAGACAACUCCAGGCUGGAAUACCACCUCACAGACACCACGCCCAACUUCCCCUUUGCCAUCAACAACAGCACAGGCUGGAUCGUAGUGGCGGCCGAGCUGGACAGAGAGAGCGUAGACUUCUACAACUUUGGCGUGGAGGCCCGCGACCAGGGAUACCCUGUCAUGUCCUCCUCGGCCAGCAUCAGCAUGACCAUCCUUGACGUCAACGACAACAACCCGGAGUUCACUCAGAAGGCGUAUUACAUGCGACUGAAUGAGGAUGCGGCGGUUGGGACCAGUGUGGUGACGGUGUCGGCCGUGGACCAGGACAUCAACAGCGUGGUGACCUAUCAGAUCUCCAGUGGCAACACACGGAACCGAUUCUCCAUCACCAGUCAGAGCGGAGGUGGGCUCAUCACCCUGGCUCUGCCUUUGGACUACAAACUGGAACGACAGUACGUUCUCACGGUCACUGCGAGCGACGGCACUCGCCUGGACACCGCCAAGGUGUUUGUCAAUGUCACCGACGCCAACACACACAGGCCCGUGUUCCAGAGUUCACAUUACACCGUCAACAUCAACGAGGACAGGCCCGUCGGCACCACUGUGGUUGUGAUCAGCGCCACCGAUGAGGACACGGGGGAGAACGCACGCAUCACGUACUUCAUGGACGACAGCAUCCCUCAGUUUGACAUCGACCCCGACACCGGAGCCGUGGCCACGCAGAUAGAGCUGGACUACGAAGACCAGGUCUCCUACACUCUGGCCAUCACUGCUCGAGAUAACGGCAUCCCACAGAAGUCUGACACCACCUACCUGGAGAUACUGGUGAACGACGUCAACGACAACUCCCCCCGCUUCCUCCGGGACCACUACAUGGGCUCCGUGAUGGAGGACGUGCCGGUGUUUACCAGCGUGGUUCAGGUGUCCGCCACGGACCGAGACUCGGGUCUCAACGGCCGCGUCUAUUACACCUUCCAAGGCGGAGAGGACGGCGACGGUGACUUCAUCAUUGAAUCCACCUCAGGCAUCGUUCGCACUCUGCGCAGAUUGGACAGAGAGAAUGUUCCGGUCUACAGCCUGCAGGCUUUUGCUGUGGAUAAAGGAGUUCCUGCCCUGAAAACGGCGGUCAACAUUCAAGUGACCAUCCUGGACGUGAACGACAACCCGCCUGUGUUUGAGAAAGACGAGUUUGACAUCCUGGUGGAGGAGAACAGUCCCAUCGGCGUGGUGGUCGCGCACAUCUCAGCCACAGAUCCAGACGAGGGCAGUAACGCCCAGAUCAUGUACCAGAUCGUGGAGGGAAACAUCCCCGAGGUUUUCCAGCUGGACAUCUUCUCUGGAGAACUGACCGCACUGAUAGACCUGGACUACGAGACGCGGUCUGAGUACAUCAUCGUGGUCCAGGCCACCUCCGCCCCUCUGGUGAGCCGGGCCACGGUCCACAUCAAACUGCUGGACAAGAACGACAACGUGCCCGUGCUGAAGAACUUCCAGAUCAUCUUCAACAACUACGUCACUGACAAAUCCAGCAGCUUCCCUACAGGAGUGAUCGGCCGCAUUCCCGCCCACGACCCAGACGUCACGGAUCAGCUCCAUUACCGCUUUGAGGUCGGAAACGAGUUGAACCUGGUCCUGCUCAACCAAAGCACAGGGGAGAUCCAGCUGAGCCGGGCCCUGGAUAACAACCGGCCCCUGGAGGCCUCCAUGAGGAUCUCAGUGUCAGAUGGCGUCCACUCCGUGUCAGCCCAGUGUCUUCUCCAGGUCACCAUCAUCACUGAUGAGAUGUUGUCCAACAGCAUCACCCUCCGGCUGGCCAACACCUCCCAGGAGCACUUCCUCUCUCUGCUCCUGGCUCAGUUCCUGGACGGCGUGGCCCGCGUCCUGUCGGCCGCGCCCGAGGACGUCGUCAUCUUCAACAUCCAGGACGACACGGACGUCAGCGCUCGCAUCCUCAACGUCAGCCUGUCCGUGGCCAUGCCCGCGUUAGGGGAGGGACGCCACGCGGGUCACGGACACGGACACGGCCACGGCGGUGACCGGGUGGGGAGGGGGUCGGAGAUGGGAGGUGGUGAGUUUUUCGGCUCAGAGGAGCUCCAGGAGAGGUUGUACCUGAACCGCAGCCUCCUGGCUCAGAUCUCCUCACAGGAAGUCCUGCCCUUUGACGACAACAUCUGCCUCCGCGAGCCCUGUGAGAACUACAUGAAGUGUGUUUCCGUGCUGAAGUUCGACAGCCUGGCCCCGUUCGUGGCGUCCGACACCAUCCUGUUCAGACCCAUCCACCCCAUCGCUGGACUUCGCUGCCGCUGUCCGACCGGCUUCACGGGCGACUACUGCGAGACGGAGAUCGACCUCUGCUACUCCAAGCCCUGCGGAGCCCACGGAGUGUGUCGGACCAGGGAGGGAGGCUACACCUGCGAGUGCUUCGAGGACUUCACAGGAGAGCACUGUGAGCUUUCAUCGCGCUCCGGCCGCUGCACCGCAGGAGUCUGCAGGAACGGCGGCACCUGCGUCAACCUGCUGGUCGGCGGCUUCAAGUGCGAGUGUCCCCCGGGCGGCUACGAGACGCCUUACUGCGAGAUGACCACCCGCAACUUCCCUCCGCACUCCUUCCUGACCUUCAAGGGCCUCCGCCAACGCUUCCACUUCACCCUUUCUCUCACAUUUGCCACCAAAGAACCCAACGGUUUGUUGCUCUACAACGGCCGCUUCAACGAGAAACACGACUUUAUUGCUGUGGAGAUUAUCAACCAGCAGAUUCAGCUCACCUUCUCUGCAGGUGAGACCAAAACCACAGUGUCCCCCCACGUCAUCGGAGGAGUCAGCGACGGCCUGUGGCACCUGGUGGACAUUCACUAUUACAACAAGCCAAUCCUGAACCAGGCCGGUCUGCCACAGGGCCCCUCUGACCAGAAGGUGGUCACGGUGACCGUUGACAACUGUGACACUUCUGUGGCUCUGAGGUUUGGUCACAUGAUCGGAAACUACACCUGCUCCGCUCAGGGCAGCCAAUCAGGAUCUAAGAAGUCUCUGGACCUCACUGGUCCCCUGCUCCUUGGAGGAGUCCCCAAACUCCCUGAGGAUUUUCCGGUUCGCAACCGGGAGUUUGUGGGCUGCAUGAAGAACCUGCGGAUCGACAACCAGCACAUCGACAUGGCCGGCUUCAUCGCCAACAAUGGAACUGUGCCCGGAUGUUCUGCUAAGAGACACUUCUGCAACAACGACCCGUGUCUGAACGGAGGGACGUGUGUGAACCUGUGGGGCUCCUUCAGCUGUAACUGCCCGCUUGGAUUCGGAGGAAGAAACUGUGAAAGAGUCAUGUCCAGCCCACAGCGUUUCCUGGGCAACAGCUUGUUGCAGUGGAACAACCUGGCGACAGCGGAGGCCUCCGUCCCCUGGCAUGUUGAGCUUAUGUUCCGCACACGUCAGGCCAGCGCCACGCUGUUACACAUCUCCUCCAGCCUGCAGCACAACCUCACACUACAGCUGCGCGGGGGCAGCGUGUUGAUGGGGCUGCACCGAGGAGAAGACUCCACUCUCUCCCGUGUUGAAGAGGUUCUGGUGAACGACGGCGACUGGCAUCACCUGCAGUUGGACAUCAGCAGCUUAGGAGGCGCAGGGGGCAACCACAAGGCGGUGCUGUCCGUAGACCAGGGGCUCUACCAGGCGAGUAUGGAGGUGGACGGAGAGCUGCAGGACUCCAAACUGAAAACUGUGAGCCUCGGUGGUUUGGCAAGGCCUGAUGGGAAAGUUCUGCAUGGCUUUCGUGGCUGCAUUCAGGGUCUCCGUGUCGGUGGAGCUCUGAGUCUGUCUCAGGCCAGGAAGGUCAACGUGGAGCCGGGCUGCAGCGUUCCCGACCCCUGCAGCUCCAGUCCGUGUCCUGUCAACAGUUACUGCAGUGACGACUGGGACAGUUACUCCUGCACCUGCCUCAGCGGUUACUAUGGCAACAACUGCACUGACGCGUGCGCCUUAAACCCCUGUGAACACGAGUCCAAGUGCUCCAGGAGGUUGAGCUCCUCUCACGGUUACAGCUGUGACUGUCCCAGCAGUUACUUUGGACAUUACUGCGAGAAAAAGACUGACUUACCCUGCCCCAGAGGCUGGUGGGGCCACAAGACCUGUGGACCCUGUAACUGUCAAACCCACAAAGGCUUUGACUCUGACUGUAACAAAACCAGCGGAGAGUGUCGCUGCAAGGACAACCACUAUCGCCCCGAGGACAGCGACACCUGCCUGCUCUGUGACUGUUACCCCAUCGGCUCCUUCUCCCGAGCGUGCGAUCGCGAAAGCGGCCAGUGUCAGUGUAAACCCGGCGUGAUCGGCCGCCAGUGCGACCGCUGCGACAACCCUUUCGCUGAGGUUUCUGCCAGCGGCUGUGAAGUUAUCUAUGACAGCUGCCCCCAGGCCAUCGAGGCCGGGAUCUGGUGGCCCAGGACUAAGUUUGGCCUCCCUGCAGCGGUUUCCUGUCCCAGAGGAACACUAGGCACAGCCGUACGACACUGUGAUGAGCACAAGGGCUGGCUGCCUCCCAAUCUCUUCAACUGCACCUCGGUUACCUUCAGCUCGCUGAAAGCCCUGUCAGAGAAGUUGUCCCGCAACGCCUCACUCCUGGACUCUGGACAGGUCCAGCAGACGGCCGCCAUGUUGGCCAACGCCACCCAGCACACCAGGACAUACUUUGGCAGUGACGUCAAGGUGGCCUACAGACUGACACAGAGCCUGCUGCAGCAUGAGAGCGACCAGCAGGGGUUCAACCUCACAGCUACACAGGACGUCCACUUCACGGAGAAUCUGGUCCGUGUGGGCAGCGCCAUCCUCGCUCCAGACACGCGGCCACACUGGGAGCUCAUCCAGAACUCCGAGGGCGGCACAGCCGCGCUGCUGCGACACUUUGAGGAGUACGCGAAUACGCUGGCGCAGAACAUGAGGAAGACCUACCUCAGCCCCUUCACCAUCGUCACGCCAAACAUCGUCAUCUCCGUGGACCGUCUGAAGAAAAUGAAUUUUGCCGGAGCGAAGCUCCCUCGGUACCAGUCCCUCCGAGGCCCCCGCCCCGUGGAUCAAGAGACGGCCGUCACACUGCCCGAUUCGGUCUUUCAACCCCCCGUGGACACCAAGGGUCACAGACACCUGGAUGUGUUUCCCGAGUCCACACUGAGGAACCGCUCGACUCACAGAAAGAAACGCCACCCUGAGGACAGUCAGCAGGACGCGGUGGCCAGUGUCAUCAUCUUCCACAGUCUGGCGUCGCUGCUGCCAGAGAGUUACGACCCGGACAAGAGGAGUCUGCGUGUCCCUAAGCGGCCUGUUAUCAACACACCAGUGGUGAGCAUCACAGUGCACGACAACGACGAGCUGCUGCAGCACGCACUGGAGAAACCCAUCACUGUGCAGUUCCGCCUGGUCACCACUGAGGAGCGCUCCAAACCCAUCUGUGUCUUCUGGAACCACAGCAUUCUCGGCGGUAGCGGCGGCUGGUCAGCGAAAGGCUGCGAGGUGGUUUUCAGAAACAGCAGCCACAUCAGCUGUCAGUGUUAUCACAUGACCAGCUUCGCCGUGAUCAUGGACAUCUCCAGAAGAGAAAACGGAGAGAUCCUUCCGAUAAAAAUCCUGACGUGGAGCACCGUGGGUGUGACUCUGGGCUUCCUCUUCCUCACCACCGUCUUCCUCCUCUGUCUGAGAGCCAUGCAGAGCAACAAGACCAGUAUAAUCAACAACGGAACCACCGCCCUCUUCCUCUCGGAGCUCAUCUUCAUCCUGGGCAUCAACCAAGCUGACAACCUGUUUUUCUGCACGGUCAUCGCCAUCCUGCUGCACUUCUUCUACCUCUGCACUUUCUCCUGGCUGUUCCUGGAGGGGCUGCACGUUUACCGCAUGAUCAGCGAAGUGCGAGACAUCAACUACGGACCCAUGAGAUUCUACUACCUGAUUGGCUGGGGAGUGCCUGCCUUCAUCACAGGUCUGGCCGUGGGACUGGACCCAGAAGGUUACGGGAACCCAGACUUCUGUUGGCUGUCCAUGUACGACACUUUGAUCUGGAGCUUUGCUGGACCCAUCGCUACGGUGGUGUCGAUGAACAUCUUCCUCUACAUCCUGUCCUCCAGAGCCUCCUGCUCACUGAGACACCACAGCAUCGAGAAGGAGCCUCGCGUUGCUGGCCUGAAGACAGCAGGUGUCGUCCUCCUCCUGGUUUCCGUCACCUGUUUCCUGGCGCUGUUGUCCGUUAACAGUGACAUGAUCAUCUUCCAUUACCUGUUUGCUGGGUUUAACUGUGUACAGGGCCCCUUUGUUUUCUGCUUUGUUUUCAACAGGGAGGCCAGGAAGGCCAUGAAGUCCUGCUGCAGCCGCAAGCGUCCGGAUCAUAUGAUCAAAUCCAAGGCCUCAACCUACAAAUGCAACACCAACUACAUGGAUGGGAAGUUGUACCACCUUCCCUUCGGAGACUCCAGCGUGUCGCUGAACGGCACCAUGCAGAGCAACAAGAGUCAGCAGAGCUACGUGCCCUUCGUGCUGCGGGACGACGGGUUAAGUAACAGCCAAGCUCACAUCGCUCUGAAGGACCAGGUGUCGCUGUUCCACGAAGAUGAAGAACAUCUGGAUGAUCCCGACAGCGACUCUGACAGCGACUUGUCCAUAGAGGACGACCAGAGCGGCUCCUACGCGUCCACACACUCCUCUGACAGUGAAGAUGACGAGGGCGCUCUCCCACCUGAGGAAUGCUGGGAAAACCUAGCGUCAAAUGUUGCCAAAAAAGACAACGGCCACAGUAAGAUGUUCUGGCCCGGAGGUUACGCGGCAGUCGGUGACAGCGAGUUCCACAGUGGAGACAGACUGACGGUGGAAAGUCCAGGCGUUCGAGAGCAGAGCCUCGGCGGUGAGGCGCGGACUCCCACGGAGGAGCGAGCGCAGGAGAACGCGACGAUGCUCCUGCCCAGUUUCAACACCCACCCCCACAAAGGGAUCCUGAAGAAGAAGCAGCUUUCUCCAAUCAUAGAAAGGAACAGUGUGUGUCACGCCAACAGUGAGGCGUGCGGACACGUCCCCGGUACGGCGUCUCCGCAGGGGUCCAGCUCCAGUAACGGUCGGACUGCUCAGUCCAAGCCCAGCGUUCCUGAUAAGCUGAACGGCGUGGCCAUGAGCAUCAAGGCAGGGACGGUGGACGGAGACUCUUCAGGGUCGGACAGCCACUGCAACACCUCCAUGUGACUGCGUUGACGGAGGGGUGUGUCUUUGCAGGUCAUAGAGACUCUUCUUCAGCCAUGACUGCACACAGGGAGCAGCAGCAGAAAAAAAGGAGUUCACCUCUGCAGCCUGGUCCUCUGAAGGAGUGUGUGUGUGUGUUUACGUACGUGUGCCAAACCUCAGGAGUCACUGCACUGGUCCACACUCAUACACACUGACACGUGUCCCACUGUCCCCUUGAACAAAUCAGUUGUUUACAUACUUGAAGCAAUGCACUUUUUAAAAAAAAAAAAAAAAAUCACUGCCAAGAUUUGUCGGCAGUUUACAUUUUUGUAGUGGGUUUUUUUUUUGACUGCGGAACAAUGAAGAAGUCAUUUUUGAGGGCUGGGGGGGAGGAGGGAGGGUCGAGGGGUGAGGGGUGAGGGGUGAGGGCGGGAGGUUCAGUUGCAGACUUCAGAACUUUCAGGGACGUUCCUCUUUUUUCAUGCAAACCUACUUUGUGGUUUUGUCUGUUUGUGAAGUUGUUGUCGUUCUUGGUGCCAGUCUGAGGUUUGAGGAGGUCGGACCCCCGGUCCCUGACUCCGCCCACUGGUCUGCGUCGUCCCAGAGGCGGUCGAGUGUCAGGCCGUCCACAGACACAGAGGCUGCUGGACUCUUUCUUUUUAAAAAAUAAAUAAAUGAAAAAAAUAUCGUGGAUUUGUAUAAGCUACUUCAGAAAUGGACGAUAUGUCAACGGACUGCUCCACCUUCAGGAGAGAAGGUGGUCAAGUUUUUUUUUUUUUUUUUUUGUAAAUCAAUGAGAGCACAUUUUUAUGGACAUUAAAAACAACUCUCACUGGAACACGGUCAUGCGACUAAACAGCUGUAUUUUGUAGAUUAGCUGCAGAGUUUGUUUAUUUUUUUUUUUGUAAAGUAAUGGAACAUGUGCUGUAACUGUUUCAUCAACACUGGUCAGAGAGACACAGAAAAGACAAGACAGCAUUUCAUUUAUACCAAGGAAGUCCCAGAUGAAGUUUUUAUAUUGAUAUCUGAUACCAGUAUUAUCCAAACACUUCAUUUAUGAUUCUGGUCUAUCAGGAGUGAUUUCAGCAUAUUUGGGAAAACCCAGGCAUUGCGUUAUCAGGUUUUUAUUAUCAGAGGAAAAACGGAUAACGAUUCUUACAGAUAUAAUUAUCGGUCGACCGACAUUAUUGGACAUCCUUUUAUGUAGUAAAUAUGGUAUAUAAAACUUCUACCGUGUCGUACUAUCAAUCUGUUUUAGUGGACAAUAAAAAUACGUUGGUAAUAAGAAAUGGAUCAUCAAUGCAAGCAGGUUAGCUGGGAUUAGGGCUAGGAUUAAAUAAAAAAAAAAGAAAUAAUUUUCAAACAAUUCAAUCCCCUUGUCAUUUGCAGAUAAGUACUGAUCAGUGAAAUUCUUUAUUGUUGUUUCUGUGACAUUGAUCAUCCAUAUGUAACUGAAUGGGUGCGUCUCCAAAUGUAAAUAUAUAUUUGUAAAGUUCAUUCACAGGUCUACAGACAGUUCUUUUAUCAAAUCCUCGAAUAUUUGUCUUCUCUGCAGAGCAAUUCUUUUGUGUAUGUUUGUAAAUUUCAUAUAAAACUCGACUCGUUUGUGUCAGCGCUGACAUACGAACACACACAGAUACGUCUGUUUCUCCUGUUUUUAAUGAUUAAACUGUUUUGUACCUUUU